GCUUGACUUCGCAUCUCAUGCGCGCAUGUACCACUUACUCAGAGGCCUUCAUGAAUAUCUGACGCGCAAGGAAGAAUUCUCGACUCUUCUGGAAAAGAUCAAGACGCUGUACAACGACACUCCUGGCCUUUCCCCGGACAAGAUAGGGCCGACGGUUGGCCAAAACACGGGCACUAUCACGCUUCCGUCCACUAUUCUCCAAUUUUGGGACUUGGGUGGGCAACGCGGAAUACGAAACAUCUGGCACCGGUACUACGAGGACUGCCAUGCAGUUGCAUAUGUCAUUGAUGCGGAGGAUCGAGAGCGGUUGGGAGAGGGCUGGGAAGUCUUUGACUCGGUGCUCUCUGCGCCGCAAAUCCUGAAUAUACCCCUUCUGCUCAUCGCGAACAAGCAAGACUCCCCUCAGGCUCUGUCAGUCGAGGAGAUCCGACAGGACUACGAGGAAUGGCACCAACGCAAGAUCGAAAGUGCCCGGCGCAACGCCCGCUCCGGCGAUGCAGACAUUGAACGCCGGGAACGAAUUGCAAGCUUAGACGUCAUGGGUAUCAGCGCCGUAGAGGGCACCGGUGUCAAAGCGGCGGUGGAUUGGUUGUUUAUACGUGUCCAAAACAGUCGCAGGGAUCCGCAAAAGGGCUUCAUAAUCAGUGGCAGUGCCGCGCUAUCAAUCAUUCCGCACCUCUGUCCACACGCCAAUGCCUUAUCACAGCUCUGUCAGCUCUCUCACCCUGCGUGUUGGCGGACAACGGCCAUGACUGAGCUGGCUUCCCUACCCGUUUACCUCGAGCCGCCUUCCUACGACGGACCAACUGUCUCUGCUCUGGUCCAAUCUGAUGCUCAUCAACAGGAUGACUUACCCGCAUAUACUCGGCGCUCCGGACCCGCCCCAACCCCCGCAGCAACUCCUCCACCUCUGGAAUUCAGCCACGUGCUGAAGAAGAACGGGACGGUAUGGGCGACUCUGGUCAUAAAAGGCGACGGGCGAUUGACGAAGAACUUCCCUACGAUCGUUGAGGGGGCGUGCCUGGAGGGCGCCGUGAAGUUGGCGUUGGCCGCGGCGGAGAGUAUCUUCGGAGUUUACGUCCACGUCAAGGGGGAGAUUAUCAAUGGAGGGCCUGCAGCGGUACCGAUUGCAUUCCUCGAUAUCAAGCACUGUAUCUGGUCUGCAUCCGAGGGCGAUCCGAAUGCAGGGUCUUCAACAUCAGCCCCGUCGUCAUCUGUGAAGCUCAAGGGCGCGUAUGAGUGGCCGUUUGCAAUACGCAUACCAACGACCGUUACGUACAAAGAUGGGAGCCAAUACAGGUUGCCGCACACCUACCUGGACAAGCUGGCGUUCUUCAGUGUACGGUAUACCGCCGAGUUGCGAGUCGUGCGAGGAAAGCUGAGAUUGAAUGAUCGGACUCUUUGCAAUUUUGGGUACUUUUCGAUGCAGCAGCCCGGCGAGCCAUCUGCUCUGCGAAUGCUAGCGUAUCAGGAGAAUAGCCCGUUGCUGGGUCCAGAAGCUGAUCCCGAGGGCUGGGUGUCCGUUCCUUUCACCGCAACAGGCAGUCUAUUUUCGACGCGUGACGUCACGGUUGAAUACAAAUCACGGGCGGUAGCUCUGGCUGGCCAAACCGCUUUGCUACACGCGAUCAGCAUCGAUUCCGUGUGCACUGACACCGACUUGCAAGCACUGGACGUCCUUUCUGCCGUUCAAGCCCCUUCGAUCUACCUUGAACGCCAUGUGCAAGAGAACUCGGCCGGGUUCAAGAGUGUGACAGAAGUCUGUGGCGUCGCGACGUUUUGGGUGUCGCCGGAAGGUGCUCCGCCUAUUCCUGGGGAUGUUGCCAACGACACCCGCCGGCAGCUGAUGGGGGAGAUCCACCUGCGGCCGAACCUGCAGCCAACAUCGAAGGUUUUUGAGUUUCUAGUUGAGUAUGCGGUUGUCGCCUUUCCUCCUACCGCGGCUGGCUUCCGGACGGAUCACAAGGCGCCGCUCGCGCGACGAGAGGUAGAGAUCACGACACGGUAUGCGCCCGGGCCGCGGCACAUCACGCACAGCAAGCCGGUGUAUGACCAGCCCCAAGUGAAUGCGAUUGUGGAUUACUAUUAUUACAACAUGGUGCUGCUGAAUGCGACGGGCAGAGCAAGGGGAAGAGGAUUUAAAGGCGGUUUUACUUGAUGUGAAGACAGGCGUCGAGCAGGCCGAGCGAACAUCUUGAUACUGAUGUUCUAUCCGUUGUCACGUGAACCGCGCCGUCGGCCCGCGUGGCGGUGUUGAAGUGUUUGAGCCUUGACCUGGACCUUCAAAUGUCAUCAUGGCCCUCCUCUAGACCUUUCUUGCACAUACGCGUUUCGAGGGUUACACGGAAUUCGUCAUCCCCGAGACAGCGAUCCCUUCUCUGAUCUUCUUUCAUGCAAUCCAGUGUCGGCAAAAACUGCAACAGAACGUGAACAGAAAUCCGGGUCAAGAUAGAACCGUGGUGCCAAGUGUGAUUACCAUUGGGCCUUGGUUUCUUGGAGUCUGGAUUGCGCUGAGAUGAUUUGGUUUUGCCGCGGGUUGUUGGGACUGGUUUCCAUGGCGGGCCGUCUUUUCUGUGUAUUUAAUCAGUGCAUAGGAGAGUCUGGACUUCAGCGGUCUUUCCCUCACUCCCUCCAUCCCAGAGCCCUAGUUGGCCACCUUCAUCGACUUUCUCUCUUGUUCAGUCAGGCCCGGUCGCCUUUCGAUUUUCAUUCAUUCAUUCAUUCGUGCUUCACCUACCUAACUUUGCAACACCACUACGAUGAGGUCUGCUACUUCUUUCAUUGCGCUGGCGAGCCUGGCUGCGGGUGUGCGUGGUCACGCCGUGAUCUCUGCGGUACUGGGUGCCAAUGGGGUGCAAACCCUCGGCAUGGGCGUCACGAAUACCGUUCCGCGUACGGGCACAACGGAACAACCGUUUCAGCUGGACACACCUGUGCUCAAGAACCUCAAGGACGAUCCCUGCGGUGCGACUCUCCUCGCGGGCAGCGUCAACAUCCCUGCGGCCAUGACCGCGGCUCUGGCACAGGGUGGCGGAGCGCUGCCUUCGUUCGCAGCGGACGGCUCCAUCCAAUUCACCCUGCACCAGGUCAACGCUGAUGGUGGAGGCCCUUUCACUGCCAUGGUCAACACCGAUGCUACUGGUGCAUCCUGGAUCCCGGCAAGCGUCCUCGUCCAGGCGCCGGGCAUCAAUGGUAUCCUCCACGGUGGACCGGCCGAUGUGCCGUUCACGGCGCAGAUCCCUGCUGGCACCAAGUGCACGGGUGGCGCUGACGGUGCGACAUGUUUGAUCCGACUCAACAACGGAGGAACAAACAACUCCCUGUCACUCGCCCAGGGCGCUGGUCCCUUCGGCGGUUGCGCGGCUGUCACGCAGGCUGGAGGUGCUGCUGCUGCAGGAGGUGCUGCGGGUGCCGCCGCCGCUGGUAACGCCGCUGGUGCCGGUGCCGCCGCUGCGGGUGCUGCCGGAACUGCUGGUGUUGCUGGUGCCGCUGGUGCUGCUAGUGUUGCAGGCGCUGCUGGUGCCGCCGGUGCCGCGGCUGCUGCUGCUGGAAAGAAGGCUGGCAAAGGCAAAGGCAAGGGUCGCAAGGGCGGCCGUGCCAUGUCCCGUCACUUCUACGGAUCGAUCGAGGAGCGCGCUGCUGCUGUCGAGUCUUUCCGCCGCUCGCGCAUCCUCGACGACAUUGCGUUCUUGGUCUCGCGCGGAGAAUUGACCACUGAUCUUAUCGACGAGAUCAAGACCGCCACUGGCACCGCCAUCGAUAUCCCCAUUGACAUGCUCGCCGGUCAGAACGACGCUGCUGAUCUCGGCGGCAACUCCUCCACCGCUGCCAACGCACCCAUCACACUCCAACAGGCGGUCGAUCUCAAAAAGGCUGUCCAGGACGCCAUCGCCACCGCCCUCAACGUCCUGUCCUCCGGCGGCAAGGUCGUUGCCGUCAAUGGUCUCCCCCUCGCUCAGACCGGUGCGGCUAACGCUGAGGCCGAUGCUGAGCUCGCCUCUGGCCAACUCACCUCCAUCAACGCCGGCAACGCCGGUGUCGGUUUCUUCCAGACCGCCGCCGUCGACUCUCUGCUCGGACCGCUGGCGAGCGUCCAGGGCCAGUCGACCGCCACGAUUGCCGCUGCGGGUAACCUGAACCCGCCCGCGGCGACUGCCACGGCUGUUGCUGUUAACGGUGCAGGUGCGGGAGCUGCUGCUGCAGGUGCCGCUGCUGCUGGAGCUGCCGCUGCUGGAGCUGCUGGCGCUGUGGCUACCGGGGCUGCAGCCAACGGCGCCGGUGCUGCAGCAGCAGCUGCUCCCACUGCUGCGCCCGCUGCCGCCAACGGAACGGGCCGAGGGGGAAGGAAGGGUGGCAAGUUCGGCGGCAAGUUCGGCGGCAAGAGGCCUGCCAUGAAGAACCGCAUGACUUUUGACUAGACUCGUUUCAUGUUGUUGUAUAGUAGUACAUACUUGGUAGGAAAUGGAAAUCAUUGGCCUGGGAUCCAAUAUCGCUUGUGUGAGCACCUCAUGUUUUAGACUCGAUCAGACUCGAACAAGUAGUGGUUUGUUCACACUAGUUCAAACAUGACGAAAUUACAGUCAUCAUCUUGACCUGUCAGUGUAGAUGCUGGAUUCGAGUCUAGCACUCGCUGCAAUUCAACGCGUUCCUCGAUGACAGCAUGCGUUCCAAUGUCUUGCAAGCCCUGUAUGGAGAAAUGCAUAUGCUGUAUUUCUACGCCACUCAGAGACCCGUCGCUGGCGGCGCGACCUUGGUGACCAUAAACAUGGGUAUGUACGCUGCUAUGAGCGCCGUCACACACAAUCUGCCGCAAGCCAAGUCAUCCGUUAGCCGCCAGUCGAGGGACGCACACACAAAGCCGCGGCACGCACAAUAGGUUCGACGUCUGCCCGCCGCUGCCCUCUUUCGCCCGGAGCGGGUGCUGGUUGAUCGUCGCAUUGAUCGCGAAGACGAGUGCUGGCCAGGCGAUGAAGCUGGG